UGAAUAAAAUUGAACUCUGUGCCACUGCAUACUGAAGGCUCCAUGGGGUCAAAUACUAUACCACCCUCUGGAGAAGGUCAUCCAAGUAGGAUCGGAACCACUGCAAAGCAGUGCCACCCACCCCCAGCUCAGAUAGCCACUCCAGAAUGCUCUGGUUGAUGGUAUUGAAAGCUGCUGAGAGAUCAAGGUGGAUUCUCCCAUUUCUCUUUCUUGACACAUUUCUCUUUCUUGACACAAAUCUUCAAUCAGGCUGACCAAGGCAGGUUCUGUGCCAAAACACGGCCUCAACCCCGAUUGAAAUAGAUCUAGAAAUUUGGUUGCCAGAAUCUUGCCAAUCUAUUGGAAGUCACCCGGAGAUUGAUCAGUAGAUUCUUCCCCAUCUAUCUCAUGGUGUUUUAGAAAACAUAUUCUACCUUUCUAGCUCCUUUAUCAAGGUUAAAAGAUCUGGCAUUUCACUUUACAUCUGACCUCCUGGUGGUUUGUUAAAUAAGGGAAGAGAAACCAUAUUGGCUUAAUAUAUCUCUAACAUUAAACAUGCAUCAAUUUUAAAUUUUGAAAAGUAUUCCUUGAUCAUAUACAGAGUGCUUUUCAUCAGCGAUGAGUAACUUCAAACAGCCUACAUCAGUAAUUUGGGAGCUGGAAAGGUCAGAAAGUCUAAUUCUAGAAAACCCUGAACCUUGGCAUCUCUUGCUUGUAGAAAUUAAGUACUAAAUGUUGUUGUAAAAAUUAAAAAACUUUGUUUUAAGAUAAAACUAUGAAUAGAAAAAAAGUUUUAGAAAGAAGAUUAACAACCUUGGAACAGAACUCCAUCAGUGGUUUAGAUUUUUAUUAUUUUUUUAUGAGAUAGUCUUUGAAGAAUCUCAUGCUCUUUCUACCUACAACUUCACAAUGCCAUAACUUUUUUAUGCUUUGGCUUUUAAGAGAGCUUUGUUUUGUUUUGUUUUUUGGUCUCUUACACAGUUUAGGUCACUGACUGGCUGUCCCUGGCUUUGUUCCAUAUCUGAACUCUUCUUUCCUUUGUGGUUUGUGUCCGUCUCUGUAUGUUCAGUUGUUUAUGUCUUCAUGAGUCUAGUUUUCAGUACCAUUCUAUCAGAAGCUUAAGUGUCUCCCGGGCUCUUCAAUAUGUUAAAAAGUAGAAGAAAAAGUUAAAACAACAACGUUGUGAUAAAAUGACAAGACUGAAAAGUCUGUGUGUUGGUUUUUGAAAAUCAAAAAGUUGUGCUGUUGCCCACAUGGACUUCACUGCAUGUAUGUGGGUCUGGAGGAGUGGGAGAGAGAUGCAGUUCGACAAAAAGAGAGGGAGAGAUCUAUGUGUGGUUGUAUAGAUGGGCGGGGGGAGAUACAGUAUAUGCACGUUGUUCUGUGGUCUGUAUGUGUACAGUGACUGCUUGCAAGUGCUGCUCAGGUGCAAGGAAGAGUGCAGUGUGACUACCUUAUAUAUCUUCCCUGGCAUCAGGGAAUGUUCCCUAAAACAACAGCAUAAUUGUAUGGGGAGGAGAUCGAUUUUUGUGAGAUCUCCUUAAUUGAAACAAGCAGGGCAUAACUGACUUCCAAUGGAAGGUGUGAGGUUGUCAGAAAUGAGUGCACUUUCUCUAAUUUUGUGUUAUGCCACACACCACAUGGGAACCAUUUUGUGAGUGGUACCCAUGACACCUUCUCAAAAUUCAAAAUGUGCCCAGUGAAGCAACAUGGCUGGCUACCCCUGCUCUACCAUCUAUUGCAAGUGCAUUGCUAGUUACUUAAAAGAUUCAGGGGCACAGGCCUAUGACACAUAUUUGUAUAUAUGAUAAUAUUCAUGUGUAUAUGCUUAGAUCUCUGAGCAGAUGAAGAUGGUGGGGUCUCACCAGUAUUAUGCUUUGCAGCCCUAUGAGCACAUUUAUAAAGAGCAGAGAAAGAGGCAGAUAAUCCAGGGCAGACAUAAGAUUUCAGCCUCAGACCUCCAAUGGCCCUAGUCUGGAGUCAUAGAAAUGACAGGGUAGGAAUGAUUCACAAACCACAAGUUUGACAGUCUAGUUUAUGCUAAGUGAACUGUAGAACUGGGUCCUAGGCAAAGUUUUGUGUACAGAUACCAGCACACUGUGAAAAUAGCCUCUUAUCUUCUCAUGCAAGUUGUAAAUAGCAGCCCCUUGAGUUUACAUUACACACACACACACACACACACACACACACACACACACUUUACCUUCAAGGACCUCAGAGUGGUUUACAUUUAUUCCCCCUACUAGGAGAACACUAUCCUUAUGUGGAGCCAGCCCAAAGUUCUCUAAAUGUUUGCUUGUACCUAGUGGCUUGGGCUAGUGCCUUUGCCCCAAAGGGCUGUGUGUAUUUGGAAAUCCCAGAACGAUUGCAUUUGCUCUUGUGUGCACCUGUGUUAAGGGUUAACAAAUACAUCACUUCAGUCUUACCAUUUCAUCUGCUUCCUCCUUGCCCAAUUUAAAUUUAGUUAUUCAGAAAUGAGUAACGUUCUCAUGUUCUGAAGCCUGUGCGAAUGCAAAUAGGUGUUCUGCUGAUAAUUUGUUCUUGGUAUUUGUGCUGAAAAGGGGGAAGCCUUUCACUCUAAUUCCUUGAGACACAGAAGAGACUUUCUGAAGAGUCAGUUAAAAACAAAACUCAUUUUUAACGUUAGUUACUCAGCUUGCUUUCUUGAGUUAGAAAGUGCUUUAGCUUAGUUAAGGGAGCCAGAUGUAACACAUUGACCUUAAAUGGUAAAAGCUCCCAGAGUGAGCAGAAGGGAGAGAGAGAGAGAAAGAGAGAGAGGGGGAAGCUUCCCCGGAGGGGGAAAACAAGAGGAAUAGCUCAGUUUUAGGUAAGUAAUCUCAAUAAACCAAGAAUAAACAGCUUUCUUCAGCUAAGAUCCAGAACGGAAUGCUUUCCCCUCCUUAAAGGUACAGUACCUCAUUCUUAUGCUUUACGUGGGUGAUAUGUUAUUGAUGUGCUGGAUUUCAGUUUCCUAAACAGGAGUAGUAAGGCUGCGCACUUGACUGAAUCCUCUUCCCUUUGGAAGUACACAACCACCCUAAAGAAAUGUAAGCGCUUAGUUGGUGCUGAAGUCUGAUAUUUAAGUAAUUUUAUGAAGAGAACAUGUCCUUGGCUUAGAAUCAUUAGCAGCUGCCCUGUACUUUUUGCUAACAAGUUGAAAUGAUUAGCUACUACUCUGAUUGUUUAUAAACAAGUAAGUGUAAAAUGAGCUCACUGUAACAGUAGCAUGCUAUUGUAUGAGCUUUUCUGCCACAUGGUUCCUGAACAGAAUAUACACCAGAACCGCUUGCUUGAUGGAUUGCCUUGUAGCCUCUGGAACCUGUCUUUUAAGAAAAGUUUUCUGUAGCUGUUUCUUUGGUGUAGUAGUCCAUAUCUGCUUUUAAAAGAAGCUACAGUAUAACUAAGCCAAGGGGAUCUAAGAUAUGAAGUUUUUUUAAUUUCAGGUAAAAGAUUAACAAAUAUAUUAGAGGAAAGAAUUGGUGCAGUUAUCAUUUUUAGCCACAUGUUUUGCAAUUCUAAUUUACUUGUCAUGAAUUCUUUUAAAGUAUGCUUCCUGGGUGUUUUGACUUGUGUGAAAAGCAUAAUUUCAGCUACCAUAAACUGAAAGUUUCAAGAUCAUAUUGUUUAUAUUCACGUUUACACAUUCAUGAAAGAAAUUGUAAGCUGACCAGUAUUCCAGUUCCACAUGGUAAAACUUUUCUUGUGGUACUGAGUACUUAUGGGGAAUGUGGCAAGAAUAGUCAGUGUUUGGACAAUACAUAUUUAAAUAAGCCAAGAACUCUUGCAUAUUGAAAUAGUUACUGUACUUUUUUGACAUUUGCUAAGGGUUGUGUUCUACCCCAUCAGAUACUGCAGACACCAUUUUUUGGAUUGCAGCCAUGAUGUUUAAUGCAAAGCGCAAGGAAUACAAUGCUAUAUUCAUAGUUAGUGUCACUAUUUCUGUCACUCCUAUGGCUGAUCCAUUCUUAUGGAAAUAUUUAGCUUCCAUCACUAUCUACAUUAUUUCUGUGUUUUUCAGUGUUCUAGAACUUGCAUUUAUUUCAUUUCACAGUAUCAGUCUGGUAAUUCUCAUUUUCUUAUUUAAUUUAUAAUUGCUUUAUAGCAUAUAUGCUAUAUUCUUAGCUAGCCCAGUACUUAUGCAUUCAAGAACUUGUUCUAGUUAUAAAGUUGGAAGAUCGUUUGAAGGUCAAGUGAAGGCCUCCAUAAUACAUUUCCAAUACCUUUACUUUGGGAUCCCAGAAACAAAGGGCCUAACAAUUCCUGAAAUCCUUUUUUCUGUCUGAUAGAGAGCUUGUCUAAUCUAAACAUGAGAGCAGGAAGCUGCCUACUUUAUUGUUAACAUUUCAAAGUCUCUUGCUAGUUUGCAUGUGAGAGAGCAGACCAGAGUGUGAUUAGGUGCCUAAAGAAUUACUGGAAGGAGGACACUUGGCUAGCUCAGUUCUGCACUGUUUGCAGCUUGCCCUCUAAAGGCCAGCUGGGUACCAUCCUGCUUUCAUUUCUCAACAGCUGGAGAAAUGUUUACCUGGUUUUAAACAAGUCUUAAAUCUUUCAAAGUGAAUAGGUGAUGCAUUUAACAGUUACAGAGGCUGCUGCUUGCUCUAAGUCAACACUUGUGUUGCCAAUUUAUUUUCCCUUCUUGAGCUUGAAAGCUACAUAUCUCCUUGAAAAUGAUGAUUCCAGGCUUCCGACAUCACUUAUAGAUGCACUGAAUUUAGAACAUUUUUCGGCUCAAAAGAGAUGUUGUCGCACAUUGCCUAAUCUGUUCUUCCUGAGCCGGAGACGGGGAUCCAAAGAAAAUCUCUUAAACAAGGAGAGGCAUGUCUAUAAAACAGAACAUGGGCAAGACAAUACAAGAACAACUGUGGUCAAAAGUCAGACCAGCACUGAAGAUGGAGUGAAGCACCUUCAGUUUCAGUCUUUGCCAAGGUAUUCAGCUGUGACUCAGAGGCCUUGGGAUCACAAGGCCCCACAGUGCUUAUCUUCAGAGGUUAACUUGAAACAGACAUUCCCAUCAGUGCAUAGCCUCUUUAGUCAACACUGCAAUCCAGCGUGUCUUUCACCUCUCAUUAUGCCAACCCUACCUGAAGAUGAGGGACAGCCAACAGAGACACAGCACCCCAUUUUGCCUUCUCCAAUCAAAGAGUCUCCUGUUGAAGCAGCAACAUGCAACACACCUUCUAUCAUUCUUCCAGAAGACGUAGUCACAUCAGAUACAGAAAGAGAAAAAAAUCUAGCUUUCAGACCUGUUAGUCCUCAUCUGCGGCAUUCUCACAGAAAUGCUAGGACAUCAGCUAGCUCACUGACAUCUGUGGAUAACAGAGGUAAUGUAAUUGACUUGGUGAAUGACCAGCUGCCAGAUGUUAAAAUAUCUGAUGAAGAUAAAAAGAAGAAUCUUGAAUUGUUAGAAGAAGCAAAGAGGGUGAGUGAGAGGUUCCUCACACGAAGAGGAAGGAAAUCAAGAAGCAGCCUUUCAGAGUCUCCCACAGCUAUAUCCCCAGCACUUAGCCCUAAUGUUUCACCUGCUGCCUCUCGGAACAACUCUUUCACUCUUCCAAGUCCAACAGGUUCUGAUAUAUGCGCAUCUGCUUUGGGUUCAGUGCCUCCACAGCAGAAUGCCACAAAAGGAUUAACUGAUCGAAAUGAGAAUGGUCAAAGAAAACUUUCUCAGGAAAAACCUGUUACACACACCACUGCUUUGGAAAAUCCAAAAAAGUUGACGGAACAAAAGGAGAACUUUGAUCCACAUAAGCCUAUGGAUAAUCUACCCAGAUCCUGUACUUCAGGUUAUGACACUGGCAGAGUAUCUCUAAAUUCCAGUCCAAGCACCUGUGAAAACAAACUUCAGAAACUAAUCCCUAAAAAAACAAAAGAAAAUGAUUCUCCUUUCCAAGGCCAUUUACAAGGACCAGGGAUAUUUACCAUGGACCCAAAGUUAAAGGGAUCAGUAGUACCAUUAUCAAAGGAUUCAAAAGUUUCUUGUAAAACAGAACUUAAUACACCUGGUUCCCGCCCUCCUCUAUUGCGAGCUGUGUCAUGGGAUCAUGCAGAACCUGGCAAUAUAGAAAAGGUACCUUUUAAAUGUCCAUCUGAAGAUGAUAGACACUUUGCCAUUAAUAAUAAACCCAACAACAUAUCAACUAAACAGUCAGCCUUCAAAGACCUCCAAAUACAAGUUCAGCCAGUAAGAAUGCAGAAAUUGACAAAGCUCAGAGAGGAGCACAUAUUGAUGCGGAAUCAAAAUUUAAUUGGACUUAAGCUCCCUGACCUAAGUGAAGCUGCUGAACAGGAAAGAGGGUCUUCACCAGUGCCUUUCUCAUCAGAGGAGGAAGAGGUGAAAAGUAGAUGUGAGGUCAUGCCCAACAUUCCUGACACUCUUUUACGAAAACUCCGUGUGCAUACCUCUCUUCCAGGAAGCUCUCCUCCGCUUACUGAGAGAGAGGUUGAGAAUGUGUUUGUACAACUUUCAUUGGCUUUCAGAAAUGAUAGUUAUACUUUGGAAUCAAGAAUUAACCAGGCUGAGAGGGAGAGGAAUCUUGCUGAGGAGAACACAGAGAAGGAACUGGAUCAUUUUAAAGUUGCUAUUACGUCUUCAGCUUCCUUGUGGCAUCAUUCUGAGCACAGAGACAUGUACCAGAGAUUGUUGGAGGAUAUGGCAGUGCUGCAUCGUCUGGCCUCUAGAUUAUCUAGUCGAGCGGAAAUGGUUGGAGCUGUUCGCCAGGAGAAACGCAUGUCAAAGGCCACUGAAGUUAUGAUGCAGUAUGUGGAGAACUUGAAGAGAACAUAUGAAAAAGAUCACGCUGAGCUGAUGGAGUAUAAGAAACUUGCCAAUCAAAAUUCUAGCAGAAGUUAUGGCUCACCUGAAGAUGGUGUGCCCCGUACAUCAAGAUCCAUGUCUCUUUCUGUUGGAAAGAUGCCUCGAAGACGAGUCAGUGUUGCUGUAGUUUCAAAAUUUGAGCUCCCUGGCCAGUCACCUACUGCAUCGCCAAUACCUUUGAUGCCAUCCCUGUCUGAGUCAUCAAAUGGAAGAAGCAAUCUGACAUCAACUCCUGUCUUAUCAGCGCUUAUAGAGAACGGAAAAUCAAAUGGGGACCCUGAGAGUGAACCACCUCCUUCAGCACCAGUACAGAGUGCCUUGGAAGAGAUCAGCCCAGAGACAAAAGCCAAAAUAGAAGAAGAGGCUUAUAACAAAGGUUAUCAGGAAGGCUUAAAGAGAACCAAAGAACUUGAAGAACUGAAAGAAGAUGAUGAAGAGAAAAUAGACGAGAGCCCCAAAGAAUGUGUAGCAGGUGAAAGCGACGAUGAAAUCAGCAAGCAGCACAGCAAACUUGAAGUUGUUAUCCACUAUGUUCAAAUACUGUACCCCAAACUGCAUAAACACUGGAACGUGCUCUGGAUUGUAGCUGCUGUUAUUGUCAUUUUUGCUGUGGUGCUGGGAAUCUCCAGUUUAUACAACUACUUUUCCUCCUGUACUGAGUUGUCGGAUGGGCCCCAAGUGAAAGCUACCUGUUCUGCUGUCCAGCAAUACUUCUGGUGGAACUCAGGACUGCAACAUGACCAGCGCACAGAAUAACAAAAGCAUGAAUGGAGAGGAGAACCACUUAACGAUAUAGCAGUAAGCACCUGUUUGAGAAUCGAGGUGCACAAAGCAGAGCAGUGCUUUGUCACUUUUGUGGUGGUUAAAUGUGAUCAGUAACCUACCGCUUAAUUUCGUCUGUGCCAUCAGACUUGUGAAUGCCAUGUGAUUUUUAUCUAGCCAGAUGCACCAGCCAAUAAAUGCUGUUCUCUCUUUCAUGCUAAUUGUUAUUUGAUUGAUGUGCCUGAAUAUCACUACAUGAGAAUAUAAAGAUAGUGUUUGACCAAAAACUGGGCAUUGACAUCUAGGUUAUAGGUGGAGCACAAAUCCAGUGCUUCUGAGGGAUGUCACUCGCGGGCUUCUUCCUAUAUAAAUGUCAGCAUUGACUCAUUCUAUAAAUUUAAGGGGCUUUUCAAUUUAUUUAUUUUUAGCCCUUACCCUUAUAAUAGAUUAGAGAAUUGAUUUCACAAUCAUAAGGAAUUAGCAAAAGAUAAAAUGGAAAAAUACUAAAGGCAUUGUGUCCUGGCUACAAGCUGGACACAGGUUCUCAAAACAGGUUCUCAGCAUGAAUGGAAGCAGGAACAUUUGUCACUCUAUCACACAUACAACAUAACUCGCAACACAGUCUUUGUUACUUCACACAUACUUUGUUCAUUGUUUUCUUUUUGAAUGGUUUCACCAGAGUUGUGUCCAUGUGGUACAUGAUACACAUGGUGGGGUUCAGUGGAGGUGCCCAAUCAGUCACAUACAGUCUCUAUUAUGCAUACAGAAGACAUGCUCUAGACAUGCUCACCACAUUGGUGAUAACUGGUAACCCACUGUAAGCACGGCAAACUUAAAAGAACUACAUUCCAUUCAUAUAAGAAGGUGCGGUAUAUUUGCAGAGGAGAUUUCUGUCAGGGAAUAUUUCAGCCAAUGGAAUGUAAACAACACAGAGUUGGUUUUACCAUUCAUGGAGCUUUCUGCUGGAGAAAGCAUCUUGUGUGAUGUUUGUGCUCAUACUGUGCUAGCCUUUUGCACAAGCUUAUCUAGCAUUCUUUUGUGUUUGAAAUUGAUAACUUCUCUUGUAUUGGAAUUGGAGGCACACAAGGAAGUGUGGGAAGGAUAUUAAUAGCUUUUCCUAGCUGGGCCUGAGUUCAAAACUCUGUUGAACACUUAGACAUAUUGUAGGAACUUAUUCUUGCAGGAAUCUGUUUUGUUUUAUGCAUUGAGAAGGAUAAAGAGGUAGAGCCCAGUAUAAACUUAUAACUGAUGUAAUUUGAUGCCUGAUCAUUUAUCUUCAGUUUAAUGAGCGUAAGAGUCUCAGGAAAUAGAAGUGUGGUAUGAUUUUAAUUUUGACUGAAGCAGCUGUUUGAAACACAACUUUGUGUGAAUUUUCAGAUAUGUCUCUAAGCGGCUCCAGAAGAGUAAAAUAUUGUGAUUAAGCACGUUUAAUAAGGCUAGUGAGAAUGUGUGUCAUUUGAUCUCAAACUGGAAGAGGGAAAUUAAAGGGGGGCAAUUAAUCAAAUUAAAGGUUUUUUGCUGGCUUUUGGAUUAAAUUACUUUGAUAUGGAAUAGAUACAAUGUAGUUUUUCACUCUAGUGCAGGCAUCCUCAAACUGCGGCCCUCCAGAUGUUUUGGCCUACAACUCCCAUGACCCCUAGCUAACAGGACCAGUGGUCAGGGAAGAUGAGAAUUGUAGUCCAAAACAUCUGGAGGGCCGAAGUUUGGGGAUGCCUGCUCUAGUGAAAUAUAGUUGAGGCACACCUUCUGCUACAGACAACCAGGAAAUUAGGAAUAACAAUGGUAUUGCAAAAACCCAAAUCAGAAAACUAUUUUAUGUAAACUGCUUGAUUUAUUUAUUUAAAUUAAGUGGUCUAUAUAUUUUGUUCAAUAAGUAAAAUGGAAAAGUUGACUCCCUAGACAGUGGAACGUUUUUUUUAUGAGGUGAUCAACCAACUUUACAAAAUAAAAUUCUGAUAUUAGUAGUUCAUUUUGUUCAGCUAUGGGCAGAUCAUGGAUCUGCUCAUAAAUUGCAGGAGUGAGCUCCAUGACCUUUCUGGAGUGAACACUCUACCAUUUUCCUCCCAAUCUUAACCACUGCUAAAGUUUACAUUACCUCUGAACUAAACCACAGUUUGCUGCUAACCAGAAUUAUAAAACAAACUUCAAAUCUCAGUUUCACUUUCUGUUCAAUAGCAAACCCCAAUUAGUAUAUUAACCAUAUUUAAAGUCAAGGCUGAUGUAAACCUUAAUCAUGGUUAAAGCCAAUGGAAGGAAUUCAUAUAUGAAGGUUGAGGUGUGGGCAUGCAGGUGGGGCAGAGCAUGUAGUCCCAAGUCCUUAAGCAUGGUUAAGGCAGCAUAAAUGUUAAAUCUUAACCAACUUUAUAGGAUAAUACAAAUGUAAGUUGAGAGGCAACACCUCAUUCUGCAUUUUCUUCCCUUACAAUAAUUCUACUGUGAAACCGCUGCAUAUUUUUUUAGUAGAAUUACUUAAGAUGCAUAGCUGUUUCACUAAUUAUUGGGGGAACAGUUUAAUGUAUGGAGCACCUGAAGUGUCAGUCUUCUUGUUAACAGGAUUUUAGACCAACCAUGAUUAAAUUGUUAAUAAGUAUUGGCUAAAUGGGUUACAAAUCAGUGACUGUAUUUUUUAAGACAAAGAAAAUAAUAUGCAGUCUUUGGGGUCUUUCCAAAAAAGAGAGAAAUGUUCUGUUCCUUUAAAUUCGCAGGGCUCACGUGGCUACAAAGAGCGAGUCAGCAAUCUUACACCAUUCACACCAAAAUAGGAUUUUGUUUUUGUUUUUGUUUUUUUGUUUUGAAGUGCAAUAAUUUAUUUAUUUGGCUUUAACAAGACACAUGUGUAUUUUGUGCACAGCACUGAUGUUUUAAAGUAGGUGGAACUCGAGAGGCACUAUAUUGUGUAUCCUGUUUUAAAUUUUGUAAAACUUUGCACAGGUGUGCUAGUAUUGUACUGUAUAGCAUCACAUACUUGAGAUUUGGAAAUAAAAUAUUGUUUCAGA